UACCCUUGUCUGUUACGUCUGUUAUCCUUCACUCACGUUACAUCUCGUACCUUCCCUUCAGUGUCUACCCAUGUCACGCCUACAUGCAACAUUCCAUUUCCAAUGUGAAUAUGUUUGAUAUGAAGAACUGCAGUGUGGACAUAGAAAACUGUGAAGAAGAAAAUGAAGAUGAAUGCUUUCAAGCCAGAGAAACCAAUAUGAGAGAUUGCAGUGGUUGCCUAGUGAGUGAAGGUAGAAGCCUAAUGAAAUGCGCUCCAACAUGGCAAGAUGUACACAGAAACAUGGAUUGAACCGGAUGAAGUCAUUGAAUUGAACUUAGAAGGAUUCAAGUUCUAUCAUCAAAUCCGAGGGGGUGCCCUACCGGAUGAUGACGUCAUCACACUUUUUUUGUCUGGCACUCUACACUGUUAUACUUCCUCGAGGAGUUCUGAAGAGGAUAACCACCAAGUACCAAGUACCAAUGAUGCAGAAGAACCUGCACCGACAUAUGACAAGGUUUUUGAUGUGUUCUGUGGAACUGUGUUGGCCCAGAGAUCAUCGAUGGAAAUGACUGAUCUGCUGAAGUGCUUCAUAGAUAUAGCAAGAACAUCUGAAAACAAGGAUGCUUCCAGAUAUAGAAUGCUCUACCUUAAACGAAGACUGAAGGAGAAGUACCCACAGCUUCAAAGCGCCCAGCUAGCGAGUGUGUCUUCAUUGACAAAUCUGAUGCUGCACCACCCAUUGAACAGUUGUGGUCAUCAAGUUCUGAAUCAGAUACUUCAUCAUUCAGUGAGAUCAUUUCACCAGUCAAGCAGACACAGACCUCUCAUCUCCAGCCUCACCUCCACAAGUCGUACUUAUCUGCAGCGACUGUGCGUGAGGAACUGAGGGCCUAUAGUGGACUUGAUAUUGAGUGGUCACCCACACCGUCUGAGGUCGAUGUAAGAGCUGCUGAGACAGUCGUCCCAGUCGUGCUGUACAGGGUUGUAGCCACGCCGGGCGGCGGCGGGCGGGGCCGCCCAGCUCUCAAAAUCUCUGCCCAGCACUCAGGGUAAUUUUGAGCCUGACCGCCCGGUACAUAUUUCAGUCCCCGAGUUGGUAGAAUUUCUGAAACAUCUAAAAAAUUCAAAUGUACUGUAUGUCCAUAUCUUUAGCAAUUAAACACAGCUGCAUGUGUGUUUACUGCAGCGCGGCCCAGAUUUCGGACACGUAUUUUGUUCGGCCUAUUUUCCGAAUUUUUCCGCCAUAUGCCAGUUUCAUCUCUGUAAGGGUACACAAAUGUGCUUACAAAACCAUCUUUAGAUUUUUUCUUAAUUCUGUUCAUUCAUCUAAUACUGAUUUAGAAUAAAAAACAGAUGACCUUGUAUGAGUAUGGAGGAAUAAUGAGACAAAUGUUGUUUCAUCCUGUGUUCAUCUUUAUUUAAUGAUAAUUCCACAUUUUACAAACGCGAAUUACACUUUAUAACAUCAUGCAUCAAAAACCUGAUUCCCCCCCCCCCAAAAAAAAAAUCCUGGAGCUGGGGGGGGGGGGCUUGACCCCGCCGAGGCGUUGCCCCUUGACGCCUGGCUGUGACCCGCGAGAGCUCCUCUCGCUACGCUUCGCCAAAAUAUUACCCGGCACUAAAGUCUGCCUGGUGACAACCCUGGUGCUGUAAAAUGUGAUGGCAUGGAUGACAGGUUACUCAGAGGAACCAACACUUGAGAACUUUGUUUGUGUUCCUGAGGACAUUCACCUGAAACUCCUGUCCAUCCUACAAGACAUUGUAUACCUUCAGUCUAAGGGGAAAAACCAAAGUCUAAGUCCUACUGUUCCAUAAUAUUUUAAUUGCUUCAUCUCCAAAUUUAAAAGAAUUUACUGAUUUUACAAGGUUUACGCAGUACUUUUUUGACUGAAGAGAGGUGCACGUGGCAACAUGUAAAGUAAAUGGUAAUAUCCAUUAACUGCAAUAAUCACCGAUUCUAUGUACUGUAGUAAAUCCCACGAUGGGGGACAACUUGGUGUUGUCAGCUUGCACUGAAUCAAUGGUGUGGGAUGUGAAUCCCGGAUCAGGGAGCAGUAGGCCUUGUCCAAAAAUAUAACACGCCAACUCUUGGUUGUUAAACUUGCUGUCUCGGUUUUAUUAAGGGAAUAAA